AUGAUUCAAUUAAAAAUAAUUUUAGGACUUUUGUCUUUCACCUUAGUCAACGCCGACUACAACAAUGAUAUCUUAUCUAAUAGUAUUCCAUUAACCCCGAAAAUUGAAGGAGAAGAUAUAUUAACAUGGUGCACAACAUCUGUAGCGGAAAAUGAAAAAUGUGAAAAAUUAAUUAAAAUAGCUAUGCAAGACAAAUCGCUGUUCGGCAAAGAUUGGAUAGAGAUUCAAUGCAAAAGGGCAUUUGACACUGAAGAAUGUAUGACAUGGGUUGACAAUAGAGUGGCAUCACUCCUGGCUUUGGAUGCCGGAGAGGUGUAUGUAGCCGGUCGUUAUCAUUCAUUAGUACCAAUAUUACAAGAAUUAUAUGGCAGGAAUGAACCAUACCAAUAUACAGUGGCUGUAGUCAAAAAAGGCAGUCUGUCUGCCGUUCAACCUGGAUCUGGUCUUCAUGGCCUAAGAGGGGCUCGAGCAUGUUUCCCACUUGUGGGAUCUCUAGCAGGCUGGGUCAUGCCAAUACAUGUUCUUAUGCAAGAAGGUGGUCUCAAAAUAACUGAUUGUAAUAAUCAUGUGAAAUCAGCCGUUGAGUUCUUUGGGGAAUCGUGUGCACCAAAUUCAUUAAAAGAUAUCUAUAACCCUAUAGGUGAUAACCCUGACAAACUAUGCAAACUAUGCAGUGGCGAAGCAGGCUUUCGUUGUACACUCGCCGAUCCAUAUGCGGGUUACGAAGGUGCCCUUAAAUGUCUGGUCGCCAAUAACACUGGAGAUAUAGCAUUUGUUAGAGAUACUACUAUACAACAUGCAUUACUAUCGGGAAAGAUAUUGGGUGGUGUGACAGCAUCUAGCUUUGAGUUGAUAUGCCGUGAUGGAUCACGAGCAGAAGUGACACAAUGGGAACAUUGUCAUUGGGGUAGAGUUCCCGCUGAUGCUAUUGUGACUAGCAGUGCUGCAACCAUUGCACAGAGGACUAAAUAUCAAAAUAUUCUUAUGAAAAUACUUGAACUGUAUGGAGAACCAAAUCCAGAGAAUCGGAAUUCAAAUAGAACUAAUGAUUUUUUGAACAAUGAUCCAUAUAGCUAUAGCUCUACUACGGACAGAACGAAAUACCAGUAUGACUACAAUAGAGACAAUUAUAGGAAUAUAAGUACAUCUUCACAUCCUUUCCAACUAUUUCAAUCAAAUGGCACAACGGAUUUAUUAGUACAGGACGCAACUAUAAACUUUCGUGUACUGAAAGAAAGUGAGCAAGUCGCCAAGCACAUAUUGAACAACGAAUUUGUUGGCGAUCAAGCUGAACGAGCUGUUACUGGCAUACGAGACUGUCCAGUUAAGAGGGCGGUGUUAUGUGUCACUAGUGAAGCUGAGAUGGAAAAAUGUAUUAAAAUGAGGGUUGCUUUGAAAGCUGCGUUUAUGUCUCCAACAUUCUCAUGCUGGCGAUCUCACAGUACACGUCACUGUGAGCGCGCGAUCGCUGAGGGCACGUGCGAUUUCGCCCUGUUUGACGCAGCGGACAUGUUGCACGCGGCGUACAGACACCGACUGGUGCCGUUCAUGCAGGAGGUGUAUACAAGUGGUGAUAACUGGUACUAUGCUGUGGCGGUCGCUAAAGAACAGGAUCCAGAUACCGACUUGACUUACUUGAGAGGAAAAAAUACAUGUCACACUGGCAUUGGCAUGGCCGCUGGUUGGGUUUACCCUCUGGCUUACCUUAUAUCCAAUGGAUGGAUUCGUCCGUACGGCUGUGACGGUGCUCAAGCCGCUGCCCAGUACUUCAGUAAAUCCUGUGCAUCUGGUUCACUAUCAGCGGAGUACGUCGACGCAAACACAGUACCCCACGACAAUCUCUGUCAUCUAUGUCAUGGGGCUUCGUUCAGGCGUUGUCGUCGUGACGCUAAUGAGCCGUACUUCGGUCACGUGGGCGCGUUACGUUGUAUGGUUGAGGGAGGGGGGGAUGUAGCGUUCGUGAGGCACACCGCGCUCACUGAGAUCACGGGCGGCAGGAGGCGAGAAUGGUGGGCGAGGGACUUACUGCCUGAUGAUCUGCAACUACUAUGUCCGGAUGGUACACGUGAAAAAAUGCAUGAGUACAAGAAAUGUAAUCUCGGUAAGGUACCCGGAUCUGUUUUGAUGGGACGAGCAAAUCACACUGAGUUAGACACAUACUCAAAUCUAAUGGUAUACGCACAACAAUUAUAUGGAGCUACAAUGACUGAUGAAUUCAGUUUCAGUAUGUUUUACUCAGUGCCGCCGUACGCCGAUUUAAUAUUCAGCGAUUCAGCCGUCCGUCUAAAGCCGCUUUCACACAAGAAGCGUUCCGCUGAGAUUAUUGCUGGUAAAGCUUUGCCUCGAGCGGCUAGGAUAGUGUCGUGUGACGCGCCACAAGCUUCGUAUUAUUUCGCAUCAGAUCCAGAUUUCUUAUCAAGUGCAUACAAGCAAGGUGUUGUAGGACAUCUUAUAGCGUUUGCUAUAUUAUUGAUAGCAUUAUUAUAA